AUGGCUCCCCCUUCCUUCCUUCCGUGCGUUCCAUGGCUUACCGAGUAUGUGCUUCGCAGGCCGCAGGUGAAGCAGGCGAACGAGUGCGUGCCUGCGUACGGCUUAAUUGGCGUGAUCGAGAAGGAGAUGGUACUCCUCGCGGAUCCCGCGCGUCCGAUCAUGCGCACCGCUGAGGGUACCCUGCUUCGGAAAGCGACCCUGAGCGUGUACGAGAAAGACAUCGACAAGCUGUGGCUAGCCGCCGCCAGCGUUCCCCGUCUUUGA